UUCUACCCGCCGGAUGUGAGCACAUUUCCCGAAGUGCCUCGCGAGCGGCCGUCUGGAUAGCUGAGUUUGGAGAGUCGUUCGCGGGUUGCAAGUCGUCGUUGUUGUGGGUGUUGUGUGCACCGGGCAGCUCCACAAGAUUGAGGCCCGGCCGCUACCUCAUCGGCGCGCACAAUGGCGCUUCUGCGGGGCGUGUGGGGCGCGCUGAGCGCCCUGGGAAAGUCUGGGGCGGACCUUUGCGCGGACUGUGGAAAUCGAGUGCGCUUUCCGCUCGGCGUUUCGUAUGUACCAAGAUGGUUUUCAUCCGCCGUGAGUAGUUAUCCAAAGAAGCCUAUGACUAAAUACGUUCGAUUUUCUAAAGAACAGCUACCCUUAUUUAAAGCCCAAUCCAUAGGUAUGAAAAAUCAAGAACUUAUUAAAAAAAUCGCCCAACUUUGGAGGGAACUUCCUGAUGCAGAGAAAAAAAUAUAUGAAGAUGCUUACAAGGCAGACUGGCAGGCGUACAGAGAAGAGAUAAACAGAAUUCAAGAUGCUCUAACUCCAAGUCAGAUUAUAUCUUUGGAAAAAGAAAUCAUGCAAAAACGUUUAAAAAGGAAAGCACUAAUAAAAAAGAGAGAGUUAACAAUGCUUGGAAAACCGAAAAGACCUCGCUCAGCUUAUAACAUUUAUGUAGCUGAAAGGUUCCAGGAAACUAAGGAUGUUUCAUCACAGGUAAAGAUGAAGAUUGUAAAUGAAAACUGGAAAAAUCUCCCUAGUUCUCAAAAGCAAGUAUAUGUUCAGCUUGCUAAAGAUGAUAAAAUUCGUUAUGAUAAUGAAAUGAAAUCUUGGGAAGGACAAAUGGCUGAAGUUGGACGAGAUGAUCUUGUGCGUCGCUCAGCAAAAUUCAAAGAAAACACUGGCCACUAAGGAAUGUUAAAGUAGAAGAUUGAGUUACGUUCACAAUGGAUAGACACAAGAAACCAAUUAAGUCUCAAUAUUUGAAGCUGUUGUAAAACUAGGAUAAAUUUGGUAAACAUUUUAUAUUUAACUCCUCUUUUUUAGCUCAUGGACUUAUGCCAGUUCAGUACAUUUUGUAUUAGUAUCAUGCUUUAGAAAACCCAAACAGGUAAAAAAAAGUCAUGCAAAAUUUAGUUUGUGUUUAGGAACUACUGAGGAUCAAUAUAAUCCAUGAAAUGUAGUAGUGAAUCAUUUUAUCUUUGAUAAAGGUAAAUCAGACUGUGAAGUUUUAUUAUACUUGAUGACUAUGGAAAAAGUUUUCUUGUUUCCUUAUGCUAUGGAGUCAGGAGUUUUCUACUCAGAAGUGUUCCAAGUUGUAGAAGCCAGAGUGUUCUAUGAUAUAAUCAUGUAGUUUUUUAAGAGCAGUGAGUGCUCACCUAGGUAAAUUCCAAAUUUAUAUUAUAUUCAGAGUUGAUGGUUGUACAUGUAAGGGAUUACUGAUUUCUUUUGCCACUUUUUGUAAAAGGCAUGGGAAGAUUUACAAACCUUUUCCUAAUUUUUUUUUCCCUAAAGUAAAACUAAGAAAUUAUGUACCAAAUCUAUACAUAUUGUUUCAUAGUGCAUGGAAUAAAAUUUUAAAUCUUUUCUAAUUAUAUGUUGUAGGCAGAACAUUCAUUUUACAGCUUUUUUGUUUUUUUUCCUUCUUUUUUAAGUAGGGAUUUUUAUCCUGAAUUAUUUUAUCAUUCUCAUGUAAGUGCAUUUAUCCUGUAAGUAGAGAACUUGUCUGGUUAAGUUUUAAAAUGAGAGCUCUAAAAAACAAAAAGUCUCCAAAGUCUCUAGACUUGGAAUCUGUGAGUUUUAAACAUUUUUCUGAUGUAAAGGUGUAUAUAAGGGAUAGCUAAUAGUGGCUCAUGGGCCAAAGCUCACUGCCUGCUUUUAAUGGCCUGUGAACUGAGAAUUGUGUUUAUAAUUUUAAAUGGUUAGAAGAAUAUUUCAAGACACAUGAAAAUAUGUAGGAAAUUCAGUGUCCCAAAAUGAAAUUUUACUGGUAUAUAGCCAUACUCAUUCUUUUACUUAUUGUUCAUGGUUGCUUUUGUGCAACAAUGACAGGAUUGAGUAGUUGCUAUAGAGAUUAUAGCCUGCCCAACCUAAAAUAUUAUUCUCUGACCCUUACAGAAAAAGUUUGCCAUCCCAUGGUCUACAGUAUAGAGUACUGUGACUAGUGUUCCAAAGUAUUAAUGUUUGUGGAUAGGCUUUUUAAAGAACUGUUUCAGACAUUCUUAUUUUAGAAUCUUUGUUACCAUUGUCUUAAGAGGAAAGAGAUCAAAUCACUAGAGAGGUUAACCAAACUGUUGUCCCACAGUGUUAGCCAGGAAAAUAAUCCUCAUUUUCAAAUUAUGUUGCAGUAUAAUAAAAAAGAUUCAUAUAGGUUGGAAUGAGAUUCUCUUAAAUUAUUUACUGUGGCUUGGUAAAAUGAACCUUUAAAGUUUUCCAGUUAGCAUAUAAUACAAAAGUCUUAUCAUCUUUCAAGCAUUUGCCUUACCUUCUUAGGAGAGUCAAGCAAAGGUUCUCAAAACCCACCUCACUUUUUUGGGCAGAAUAAUUUAUCUUUCACCAUCAGUUACAGGAAUAUGAUAACUCAAAAUUUGCAUAUGCUUAAUAUUAUGCAAAAUGUUUAGAAAUUGUAGAUUCUACAUUUCCAGCAAAAGUUUGAAUAUUUUUGUUGUUUGUGGAUAGAAAAUAUGUAAAAGUCAUGAAUUGACUUGCUUGUACUGAAUUUGACAAAGGCAGGGACUGAAGAGAAAAGUAUAAUUUAAGAGAAGGAAUAACAUCUGAGUAUAUAAGGAUGGGUGUUUCAAACAAUUUCCCCUCUUGUUACGAAUACAGGGCAAAGUCUGCUAGUAGAUAAAAAGGUAUCUGAGGCGAGAGUUACUUUGGGGAAGAGAGGCAGGGAAGAAGAGACGUGUAGUAUCGUCUGUUGUAGUCUUUUCAGUUGGCUUUCUGGGAAGUAGCCCUAAUUCUGUCGUAUCUAGAAUCGUACUGAUGAUGUACCAUCCCUGGGCCCAUGUGAAGCACAUAUCAUACAUAGUACUUCAGAACAAAAAUAGAGAGCAACACCUUUGCAAUUACUUUCUUCUGAGCUCUUUUAGGAUUUAACUACUUUUUACUGAGUACAUUCAAAUUAUAUCUUUGCAAAUAUAUUUGGAAGUUCCUUGUCUAGUAGGUUAUCAAGUAUUUACAACUUAAUAUCGGGGAAAGAGUAUGUGAGAAAAAAACUGAACUGACAAAGGUAGCAAAAAGAGCUAGAGCAAAGUCAUUUCAUAAUGUUGAAUCAUUUCUUUGUUAAUGCUUUAAAUACUAGGAUAAUCUGGUUCUACACCUUUCUUAAUAAACUUCAGUACAUGUUGAAUAUUGGCAUGCUGUAACCAAAUGCUAUCCAGUUUAACAAUCCAGAUAUUUUCUGCUAUAAAGAAUAAGAACUUGACCAGUGGCCACUCAUAUACAAAGGCUUACCUUUUAGGCUUUUCUUAAGUUAGCCCAACAAAGUAGUUGCUAUAGGAGCUAAAGAAGAGUGCUAGAGGAAAAGAUGCUCAAGGAGUGAAACAAAGCACUGUUUAUUCUCUUCUGAGUAGGUAGUCAUAAAGAGACUUGAUACUUCUGUUCAUUGGAGUAACAAUAUUAGGUUUGAGAAAUAGUUUAAUGGAGAGAGGGUUGUAUGAUUGUUUUUCUUUGUUUUCUUAAAGAGUAUUGUGUGCAAAUUCAGCCUACUAUAAUAAUGUAAUUUUGUUACUGCUUUUAGCCAACUCCUUUUUUGGAAAUGCCAUUUUUUUUUUACAAGGCAUAUUUUUUUUAUAGUUCAUUUGAAGUGUAUAUUUAAAUUCCUGAAUUAAAAUGAUACUACUAUAAGUGGACUUAAAGUAACUAGAAAAUUUCAUUGAUUUUUCUGUUAUUUAUUGUACUUUAAAUUGAUCACCACCAAGUUGUACUAAAGCAACAGGAAGGUUUUAAAUAGUUAAGUGAUGGCAUCUAUUAUUUCUCUUACUUCAUCAAUAUUUAAGAAUAUUCUCUCACUUUCUUUCCUCUCCUCACAGCCACUCUCCUUCUCCCUUCAUAGUAUCAAGCUGUUACAAAUUUGAAAAUGUUAUAAUCACAGACUGUUUUGAAAUUUUAAAGCAGUAAUUUAAAAAAAUUGAACCUUUGAAAAGAAUAAGAUGAACAUAUUUAUUACUUUGAAUUUGUAAGACUUUCCAAAGAAAAACUAUACAAAGCUAGUAUUAUCAGUCUCUCACAUUGUUCACAAAUAAAGUACUUUUGGUAAUUGAUGAAAUCACUGAUUAAGGUUAAUGGAAAAUACACAAAACAUAAAACCAUUUUCUAGCAUAUUUUAAAAUAUUAAAAUGUUUUAACUGAGGAGCUAAACCUUAAAAUUGAUCCUAAAUAAGAAUUUUAAGUAAGUCAAAAACAUUUUAAAAUCACCCUAUCAUCAUUUAAAUCACCCUUACAUAAUGGCUUCUGAUUUACAUGUGAUAUGCAAGAAAAUAUUUUCAGGUUUUUUUUUGCAUUUAUUUAGAAUCUAUCAAUUUUCAUUCCUCCUGCACAAAUCAUGUAUAAGAUAGGGGAAGAAGAGAGUACAUAGUUUUAACACAGUCAUAUAUUAUACAUAGGUUGCCAACUACUAGCUUUAUAUUUGGUUGUACCUAUCUCUAAGGUUCUAUUUAAAAUACUUUUUUUAACUGGAAAUUUUGUGCAUUGAAUCUUGGGUAGGAUCAAGUGGUGAGGAGGGAUCCAAAUUUAUUAGUCAUUCAGAAAUUGUCCAAGCAUUACGACCAUUCUUCUCAAUUUUCCUCAUCACCAGUCAGAAUAGGUCUUUAUAGUUGUGUAACUAAAGUGAUCAGGAAUUUUACUGGUGGUAGCUGCUUAAUAGAUGCCAGUAGUUUUUUUUACAGUGGAUUUAUAUCUUGACUGUAAGACUACUUUGAUGGGAAUAGUGGAGUUUAGUUAAAAGUAUAGCCCUUUUCUUUUAAUCUUAACAUUAAUAGUAUCUGAAUUUAUGUAAGCUUAGUAUCAAAUAUUAGUAAGACCUAAACUAUUCAGGAUAUUUCCCCAAAGCCAUCCCCCUUGCCCUUAGUUUUUACUUUUGCAAAGCUCCUACUGUCAUUUGUAAUAAGAGCCUGCAUGACAAUUCGAAUGAAUGGUGAGUCAUGUCAUAACACUUAGCCAACACUAUUAUUGACAGUGUUAUCUUGGAAUCAGAAGGGAAGUGUUCCUUUUUUUUACGGAAAAUGGGAAUUGAUUUUUGAUUCAGUUUGUUGCUAAGUGGUAAGAACAAGAAAAUAUACAAGAACAAAACAAUCAGAACUAGCUGUUUAUUUCCAUAAAACCCAAGUGAAAAAAGGCUUGAAAAUGGUGAGACUAAGCCUUCCCUUUUCCUACCAAGUUGUACCAAGUUGUACUUUUCCUGUUAGAGUAUUAUUAACAUGACUAUAAAGGAAUGCAAAACGAAUAGACAAAUAGCAACAUAAGGAAACAAAAAACAGUAUCAUAUAUAGAGCAACAAUUUCUAGGUAUCUUUUUGAAGACAGGAGGUAGGUGUAGGGAUCCAUAGGUGCUCAUUGGUGCCAAUAUGAACAAACCAAAUCAGAUGAGAAGUAGAAACAUGCAGGUCUGACCAGUUAUGAGUAGUGGAGGCUGGUAACAAAGGUUGGCCGCUAAAGUGUUGGAGAGAAACUGGUUUUGGGUGGAGCACAAGAGGAGUAGGUAUAAAUGGACAGACUGAAGAGUUUGUUUCUCUCCAGUUACUAAGUUCCUUAGACUGAGGAAAGUAGAGUGAUAGGCUACUGCAUCAUGGGUGCUAUGUUUGAGCUAGGUGCGGUGAUUCUCACCCUUGCCUAAUAGAAUCAACCCUAGAGCUUUUAAACGUGCAGUUGCCUAGGCCAUGAUAUACAGGGUAGAACUGGGCACUGGUGUUUUUUUAAAGUUCUCAGAUAAUGUGAGCCAAGGGUUGAAAACAAUUUGGUGUGGGGGUAGUGCUGUAGCUCAGAGCUUCCCAACCCAGUAAUAGUGCCUGGUGUUGAGUGGUCGGUCCAUGGACAGUGUAAUCAUAAUCCUUUAUCCAAGCCAGGAGACUUUUUAAAAAAGUGAGAAGACUAAUUGUAUAUCUGGACAACAAGCAACCUGACUUAGGUCACUAGUUAUGAAUGUGCUUAGUUAUUUGUUUCUUUCAUCUCUUUGUGUUGUGCUGUUGCCUGAAAGAGACAGUGCUCCAUAAAGAGCCUCUUUUGUUUACUAAAGUAUGCUUUGUGAAUAUUAACAUUUUUUGUAUGUCUUUAUGUAAAAAGAUUAGUAAGUAUUGUUUCUAGCUAACCUCAGGCUACUUCUAACACGUGUAGUGAUAUGUCACCUCUCCUGUGUUUAAAACCCAAUUUAAACCCUAGUUGGUAGGCUUAAUGCUGCUUUGAGGCAAGGAAUCAAGCUGCCUGAGGAUUGUUUUCACUUUAUCCCACGUGUAUCCAGACAUGCUUACUUUACUUUUAAGAGCACAUGGAGCAUUCUUCAGAAUAUGCCAUAUGUUAGGUCAUAAAAUUAGCCUCAAUAAAUUUAAAAAGGUUAAAAUCAUGUAAAAUGAUCACAAUGAAAAAUAACAAGCAAUUUUAGAGAGUAUACAAAUAUGUGGAAUUUAAACAUCACAUUCCUAAAUAACCAAUGUAUCAAAGAGUAAAUCACAAGAAAAAUAGAAAAUACAUUGAGAUGAAUGAAAAUGAGGACUGACCAAAACAUGAUGGGAUAUAGCUAAAGCAGUACAUAGAAGAUAAGGAUAGCUUCUACUGUCUAUAUUAUAAAAGAUCACAAAUCAACAAUCCAAACUUUCACCUAAGAUUGGAAAAAGAAGAGCAAACAGUGGAAAGCAAGCAGAUAGAGUGAAAUAAGAAUUAGAGCAGGAAUUAAAAUAGAUAACAGAAAAAUCAAUGAAACCAAAAGUUGGUUAUUUGAACUGAUCAACAAAAUUGACAAACUUUUGUGACCUAGUGACGAAAUUGACAAAACUAGAGUGACCUAGUGAAAAAAUACUCAAAUUAGAAUCUGAAAGGAAAGAGGGAACUUUUACUGACUACAGAAAAAAGAGGAUUAUUAUAAAUACUAUGAGCAAUUUUAUGUCAAAUGACAUAGGCAAAUACAUAGAAAGACAAACUACCAAAGUAAUAGUAGAACUGAUCAUUUGAAAGGAGUGGAGAUGUUUUCUGAAGUUGGUUAAGAAAAAUAUAACUGCUAUUUGAAGUUAUAUGGCAAUGAAAGAAAAAUGUAUAAAAUUGGGAGAAAGUAAUGUUACUGUUAUUAAAAUUUUCAUCUU